AUGCGCUCCACUUCAUCCGCCGUUGCCGUGCUGGCUCUUGCAUUGGGAGCUGUAGCAGAUGACCAAUGGCACUUUGGCGACACCGUCUACAUGGGCCCCACGAGCGGCAGCACGUACAUCAAGAAGGCGACCUACUCUCUCGUGCCGCCGGCCGCGCCUAGCGAUUUCACCCAGAGCGACUGCUGGAUGAGCAUCUGGGUUGGCAUUUCGGCUACCCAGAGCGACAACGACAUUCCCCUUAUGCAGCCGCUGUUGAACUGGGCUCCGGACAACGCAGCCGUUGGCUGCCCCGCCAACAACGACGCCUGGUGCGUCGUUGCCAGCACCCUCUUGCCUACUGGCCAGACUGCUGAGCCCUACGUCGCGGUCCCCAUUGGCUCUACGAUGGAUUUCGAGAUCGAAACCGUCUCAUCCGGCACGGUUGAGCAAAAGGUCUCGAUCAACGGCAAGGUCGUCUCGACGCUGACCAACAGCAACAUCGGCGAGAACCCCAAGUGGGUCAUCGCGUCCAACGAGUGCUACUCGGGCCAGUGCGGAAGCAUAGAAGCCUACACUUGGUCCAACAUGACCAUCACCCUGAGCGCCGCGGACACGAGCUUCGGCAACUCCCUGAUGAUGGAGGGAGUCACCUCGUCUGGCUUCAAGUCGUCUGACAACGGCGUUACCUGGACCGGCGACUUCAAGUUCGCUGCCGAAAAGUUCCCCUCGUCGUAA